GGUUUCUGGGAUCCACGCAGCGGAUCACGGGAACAGCCCGAGAAUCUACAACGUCGGUGUACUGAUGGCCUCGCACCUGAACAGCCCAUUCGAUCUUGAAAGGUGCGGACCAGCUGUCGACUUGGCCUUGGCCGAAGUGAACGACUUCCUGAACGUCCACAACGUGCAACUGCGCAAAGUCCAAGGAAGCUAUCCAUCAUGCAGCGGAGCAAUGGCACCUGGUCUGGCCGCCGACAUGUACUUCCGAGACAACGUGAUAGCGUUCGUAGGUCCAGCGUGUGCGUUCGCCCUGGAACCGGUCGCGAGGCUCGCGGCCUAUUGGAACACGCCGAUUAUCACAGGAAUGGGCGACCAACCACCGUCGGAAGGCGAGUUGUCCGUAACCUCCGGCAUCCUCGGCAGAAUCAAUAAAUGGAAAAACGAGAGCUCGGGCAUUUUCAAGGACAAGAGCAAGUAUCCCACCCUGACCAGGAUGUCCUACUGCCAGUGCCGGCUGCGACUGGUCUUCUCCAGCAUCUUUAAAGAGUUCGGCUGGUCCCACGUGGCCCUGAUACUGGACAGAUCGGAUCUGUUCUCCUGGACCGUGGGCAAGAAUCUGGAGUAUGGCCUGAGGAAGGAAAAGCUGCUGAAGUAUAUCAGAGAACUCGAUGGCAAUUCAGCGCACGAAUCUUAUCAGUCUUAUCUGGAAGAUGCCAGCAUGUACGCCAGAGUGUUGAUCCUUAGUGUUCGAGGGACCUUGGUCCGGAAGUUCAUGAUAGCUGCCCACGAUUUGGGGAUGACGAGAGGAGAUUGGGCGUUUCUCGAUGUCGAGAUAUUUCAGGGUUCCUACUGGGGCGAUCACGACUGGGAAGUCGGCGAUAAAGACGACGCAGUGGCAAGGAAAGCUUACGAAGCUCUGCUGAGGGUGUCCCUGCUGCAACCAACAAGCCCGAGGUUCCAGGAUUUUGCGGAGACAGUGCGACAAAGGGCGCAAACCGACUACAACUAUACCUUCUCCGAAGGGGAGGAAGUGAACUUCUUCAUCGGAGCGUUCUACGACGGUGUUUAUCUGCUUGGCAUUGCUCUGAACGAGACCUUAGCCGAGGGUGGCGACAUACGGGACGGCAUUUCAAUAACUAGGAGGAUGUGGGACCGCGACUUCAUUGGUAUUACGGGGCACGUGAGGAUCGACGACAAUGGUGACCGCGACGCCGACUACAGUAUCCUGGAUUUAGAUCCUAUCACUGGAAGGUUCGAGGUGGUCGCCCAUUAUCUUGGAUUGAACCGGGAGUACAGCCCAGUCCCUGGGAAGAAGAUUCAUUGGCCAGGAGGUCGGGAGGGGCCUCCGGCCGAUGUUCCCGAGUGUGGAUUCCUGGGGAACGAUCCUGCUUGCACGUCGAGGACCGAGGCUUACACCUUCGUUGCUUAUACGAGUCUAGCGCUUGCAGCCUUCUUGCUGGCUGCUAUCGCUGCCACGUGCGUUUUGUACAGACACUUGAGACUGUCAGCGGAUCUGAACAACAUGUCCUGGAGGAUCAGACCCGAAGAGCUGCUGCUGGAAAUAGGAAAGCCGUUCUCGUCGAAGAUCAAUUUGCAUCAAGCUAUAUCCGAGAAUUUUGGAUUGGAGCAACGUAUACGAAGAGGAUCGCAGCUAAGCUGUGACUCCCUGCCGUUGAACACAGUGUUCACUACGGUGGGGAUUUACAAAGGUGAGAGGGUAGCUAUCAAGAAGAUCACCAAGAAGAAGGUGGUGGACAUCACGAAGAAGUUACUGUGGGAGAUCAAGCAAGUGAGGGACGUUACUUCAGAAAAUACUGUCAGGUUCAUCGGCGCCUGCCUCUGUUCUCCAUCACCGACGGUUCUGAUCCUGACCGAGUACUGUCCCCGUGGAUCCUUGAAGGACGUGUUGGAAAACGACGCUAUCAAGCUCGACUGGAACUUCCGGAUGUCUUUGAUUCACGAUAUAGUAAAGGGGAUGUCUUACCUUCACGCUAGCGAAGUUUCAGCCCACGGGAAGCUCAGGUCCUGCAACUGUCUGAUCGACGGCCGCUUUGUCUUGAAGAUUUCAGACUUCGGGUUGAAGACUUUAACUACGCCAUCGGACUUAAUCAUGGACGAUAUUUAUUAUACUAAAUUAUUAUGGAUCGCACCGGAGCUCCUGCCAUUGACAGUGACUCCAGGAAGUGCGGCGACCCAGAAGGGAGAUGUUUACAGCUUCGCGAUCAUUUUGGAGGAAAUCGUAGUACGCGGAGGACCUUAUGAGACUGUUAAAGGGUUCAUAACUCCUCAAGAGAUUGUCAGCCGCGUCGCAGGAUCCGAGACACCGCCUUUCCGACCGGAAGUGACGCCAAAAGACUGUCCUCCGGACAUCCUAUUUCUCAUGGAGAAGUGUUGGAACGAGAUAGCAGACGAACGACCCACUUUCCACGCUAUUCGUGGCACCAUACGAGGCAUUAUGAAGGGCUACUGCGAGAACCUGAUGGACGACUUGCUGAGGCGAAUGGAGCAAUACGCGAACAAUUUAGAGGCUCUAGUCGAGGAGAAGACAGAGCAGUUAAGUUUAGAAAAGCGCCGAAGCGAGGAACUCCUCUAUCAAGUCCUGCCUAGGCAAGUCGCGUGCCAGCUGAUGGCAGGAGAACUCGUCCAGCCCGAGCAAUUCGAAUGCGUGACAAUUUACUUCAGUGACAUAGUCGGAUUCACUGCUCUUUGCGCUCAAAGUACACCGAUGGAGGUGGUAGACUUCCUGAAUGAUCUCUACAGCACUUUCGACCGAAUCAUCGAAUUCUACGACGUCUAUAAGGUGGAGACAAUAGGAGACGCGUACAUGGUGGUUUCCGGUCUACCAGAAAGGAACGGCGACGGCCACGCUAAAGAGAUCGGCCUGAUGGCGUUGACUAUACUAGACUCCGUGAAAUCGUUUACUAUAAUGCAUAAACAAAAUGCUCAGCUGAGUGUCAGGAUUGGUGUACAUAGCGGACCUGUUUGCGCUGGCGUGGUGGGCCAAAAAAUGCCCCAUUAUUGUCUAUUUGGGGAUACGGUGAACACUGCAUCGAGAAUGGAGUCCUCGGGGCUACCGUUAUGUAUACACGUAUCCGAGGCAACGAAAUGCAUACUAGACAAGUUUGGUACCUUCGACCUAGAGCUGAGGGGUGAGGUGGAGUUGAAGGGCAAGGGAAGGGUCACUUCCUAUUGGCUGAAGGGAUGCUCGGAAUCGGAUCCUAGGCCACCAACUCCGAAAUACAGAAGGCACAGCGCUAGUUCACCGGAGAACAAUCUGAACCCUCUGAUCUUCCCGCCGAAUAACACAAACGGGCCGAAAACGAACAACAACACAUUCAUUAACUUGUCCGAGCUACAAUAGGUCGACGCGAUUGUUAAUCAUAAUUAUAAUAAAUUUAUUUAAUUUUCAUCUAUUACAAUGUGUCGAAAAUUAAGAUAUUAGGUGUAUGACAUAGUAAGUUUUAAAUAUUAACAAAAAGGAUGUGUAACAAACAUCGACCGGCAGACACGCGGGCUGAACGAUGGUCCACACUUGAUUGCACGGCUACAUGAAAAAUGUAAUCUUUAAUUUUUGUCGGCGCAGACUACUGUCGAGGGACGGUUCAUUCAUCCCACCUGCCCGACGACGGCGAUCUACGUAAUAAAGCUUGCUCUGUCUUGGCUCAAAGAAACAGCAAAGUGUAUGAACGAAGUUUUGAACCAAACCGAAUCGUCGUUUUAUUUUUCGUUUCCAAAAGUAAAUUGCAUACUAGUUUCGCUACAACUUUGUGCCGCGCUAUGUUUUUUUUCUUAUUAACACAGUGUACAUUGUCAGUGUAUAUGCGUGUAUAGACUACAGCAGAAUUAGCAUCUUUAGUUUUAUUAUCGUUACGGUUAUCGCUACUAUAAUAAUUGAUUAUAAAUCUCUGUGAUCUAUGCUCUUAUCGCUGUUAAAUCUAAAAUGUUAUGUCAAUAAAUCAUUUGCCAUCAAA